UCACAGAGAUAUUGUCAGUUUUCAAGCACACUCACUGAAUAAUUCACAAUUAUUGUAGAAGUGGUAGAAGUGCUUGAUCAAAUCAAAAUGGAUUUCUGUGUAGUGAUAUUCACGAUGGGAAUAAUAUCAGCAAAUAUUGUUAUUGUCCGGACCGGAGUGUGGGAGCAAUUAUUCUCCCCUUUUAACGUCCCUUCUUACCUAGAAGAGAAUGGCAACCAAUCUGAGACUUCCAAUAAGCUUAGUUCUAUUAACAUCAAAAACAAUGCAGAAUUUACAGUUAAGCGCAAAUUAGAUAAUGUUACAUUUUUUAGUGUUUUAACCGACGAAUGGGAAGACGUGGAAAAGAUAUACUUUCCCACUGUUUCUACUCUUGUCACAGGUUUACAAAACAAUAAAACUUCUAAAGCAAUCCAAGUGAAAGGAAAAUAUAACACAAAAUAUAAGACUGAACCUCAAGAUAAGAUAGUUUUAAAAUAUAAACCUACAUCUACAGAAGCACAAGUGAUUAAAAACCAUAAUGGAAAUACCACAGAUAAUAUUACUGAGCCUCGAGACGACGGUAUGGAAAUUAAAUCUUAUCGCAAUAAAAUUGUGAAUAUAAUGGCAUUUGAUGAAGAAAAUUGGAUCAAGAUGGACAAUUCUGUAGCUGAUGCUAUAGCGAAAAGAGUGCGUGUGCUGUGUUGGAUUAUGACACACCCUCCCAACCACAUGACAAAAGCAAUACAUAUCAAGGAAACGUGGGGAAAGAGAUGUGAUAUAUUGCUGUUCAUAAGUACUGAAGAAGACCCGCGAUUACCAACAUUGAAACUAAACGUGACAGAAGGUAGAAUGUAUUUAUGGGGGAAAGUCAAAGCGGCAUUUCAGCAUAUAUACGAGAACUAUAUAGACGAAGCAGAAUGGUUUUUGAAGGCUGAUGACGACACAUACGUCAUUGUAGAAAACUUGAAGCACUUCUUAUAUGAUUAUAACACCAACGACCCGAUUUAUUUCGGUUGCAAAUAUAAGACCAAUUACACAAAAGAUGGGUACGCAAGUGGCGGUGCGGGGUAUGUCUUAAGUAAAGAGGCUGUGUCUCGCUUCGUCAACUAUGGUUUGAAAAAUGAUUUAUGUGUGAAGUCGAUGGGAUCAGAGGACGUCGAUAUGUCUCGAUGCUUGAGUAAAGUGGAAGUAAAGAUUUUAGAUUCGAGAGACGCGUAUCAACGGGCUAGAUUCCUUCCGUUCAGACCAAAUUUUCAUAUUCAAGUCCAAAUGUUCCAUUUUUGGUAUUGGGACAGAAUAUAUUAUCCGCCAAACACGGGCCGCGAUUGCUGUUCGGAAUACACCAUUUCCUUCCAUUACAUAGACAACAAUAUGAUGUAUAUGUUGGAGUACUUUGUGUAUCACCUAAGACCAUACGGCAUCACCUACCUAUUUAAUGAAAACAUAUAGGUACUUAGAUUGAAAUAAACAAUAAGUUUGAACGUCAAAUUGUUGCGUUCGUAUUCGAUAUUGGAUAUGCCUACUUGUUUUAUUAAUAUUAUGUAGUGAUAGUGAUUUUGUACUUAAAUUUCAAAAUUUCCCCCAAAUGUAAACGAGACGAACAUUUUUUAUAAUAUCUAGACAUAAUUAUGGCCAGGGAAACUUGAACAUUUCAUUAUAUAGUAUUUCACUUAAUAAAAAUAUAUUUUUUGGUAA